ACUUCCGGCGGGGUGACCCCUGCGCGCCCCCGCGGGCGGCAGGCGGAAGUUCCGGUGGGAGCCGGGAGGAGAGCGCGCGCCGGGCCCCAGCGAGAGCCAGGUGCCAGUGUCAGAGUCCUCCUCAGUGUAUGUGUGGUAACAACAUGUCUGUCCCCCUCCUUGCUGAUGCAGUGACCGUCUCAGGGGCAGAGCGGGAGACUGCUGCGGUCAUUUUUUUACAUGGGCUUGGAGACACAGGGCACAGCUGGGCUGACGCUCUCUCCUCCAUCCGCCUCCCCUAUGUGAAAUAUAUUUGCCCUCAUGCGCCCCGGAUCCCUGUAACCCUCAACAUGAAGAUGGUCAUGCCCUCCUGGUUUGAUCUGAUGGGGUUGAGUCCGGAUGCACCUGAGGAUGAAGCUGGGAUCAAGAAAGCUGCAGAAAACAUUAAAGCAAUUAUCGAACACGAGGUCAAGAAUGGGAUCCCACCCAACCGCAUCAUCCUGGGGGGCUUCUCACAGGGUGGCGCCUUGUCACUGUACACGGCUCUCACCUGCCAGCACCAGCUGGCUGGGAUCGUGGCGCUCAGCUGCUGGCUCCCGCUGCACAAGGCCUUCCCACAGGCAGCAAGCAACGGUGUGAACAAGGACAUCGCCAUCCUGCAGUGUCAUGGGGAGAUGGAUCCCAUGAUCCCCGUCCGCUUCGGGGCCCUCACUGCUGAGAAGCUGAAAUCUGUCGUCACUCCCACCAAGGUCCAGUUUAAAACCUACCCUGGUGUGAUGCACAGUUCCUGUCCUCAGGAGAUGAUGGCAGUGAAGGAGUUCAUUGAGAAGCUGCUGCCCCGGGUCUAAGCGGAGCCAAUGGAGACUGUCGCAGGGAAGGACGCCAAGGUUGCAGCCGCCGAUCUUUCCCCGUGACCUGUCAGCUGCAAACGGAAGCCAUGGCAACCAACCUCACCUCCCGUCGUGCCCCCGCCGCCUCCUUUCCCCAUCUCUUAGCACCACGUCCACUCCGGCUGGGGGUGCCCCGUCUCUCCUUGCUGCUCUUGGAGCUGAGAUUGGAGCCGUCUAAGGCAAGUCCUCAAGUGGCCUUUUCUCUCCUCCUCUUGCUCCGAGCGGUUUCUGCGGAGGUUACCAUCCCCUCGAUUCCCUGUUCAGGCACUGCAGCAUGUGGGCCUGGCAUGGGGCAGGCGAGGUUUUAUUUGUUACAGUAUUAGGGGUGGGAUAUGCCCCCAUGUGGCGGGAGGAGCGAUGUGGGCACAGAGCAGGGCUCGGGCACCUACCAGAGCCCCUCUGCGGCCCAGAGCAACCAAGGCUCCUCCCCUGCCCUUAGCUUGGCUUCUCUGUGGCUGCUCUUGGUCCCUGCUCAGGUGAUUCACGGGUUUUCGAUCACAGUUCAGGAACCUGAGACUCCCCUGCAAGCGCCUAAAGGCCCAGGGAGCAGCUCUGCUCUGGGCUGGGCCCUUCCAAGGCUGCUCUGUCUCCCAGGCACUGACAGGAUGGCGUCCGUGCGGCCCCUGCAACUCCCGUGUCCUCGCACGGGGCUGCAGCCCCUGCCCUGUCACACACGCACACUCCCCGCGGGCACCCUCCGCGGUCUCACCCCGUGCUCCAGCAGUCUCUGCUGCCAGCCUGCGGCAGCUCUGUCCUCCUCGAGAUAAUCUUCCUCCUCCUCUUGUCGCUUUUACAAUCUCCUCUUCCGCCCUGUGUGGCGGGACCGCAUCUCCCUCCCUCAGGCCAGCUCUGCGCCCUCGGGGCCCCAGGCAAAGCCCUGCUGUUUACAGCUGGCUUCCCAGGGGCUUUGCCAUGGAGCCUGCCCAGUGCUGGCCCCGGUCCUUCGUGUCUCUCUUGCUGCUACUCCUGCUUCCCUUUGGACUUGGGCUGGCUCAGGGGUGGGAGAGGAGAGGCGAGGAGAGGCGAGGUCUCCAGGCCCCGAGGGAUGGCUCCUGUCCCAGGCUGGCGUAGCUGGAGGAAGCAGGCUUGCUCCCAGCCAUCAUCUCACCAGCAUCUAGUGCUAGGGAGGCGCUGUGCCCCGUCCUGUGGGCCAGCACAGAGGUCUCCUCGCUCGCUCGCGCUGGGGCGAAAGCUGCGGACCUUGUUGGCCUUCCCACGUACAAUCAGAGGGCGCCCGGGGCUGCCCGGGCCCUUGCUGCACCUGCCUCAACCAGCUGGCUGGAGGCUGCAGCCAAGGCGUCUCCCUUCCCCGGCGCGAUGGGCCGUGCUGGCCUCUGGGGGGACCGAGGCACGGGGCCAGGAGUGGCCGGCCUGCAGAGCCGCCCCCCAGGGCAUGGGGAUCUCCUUCCCUCUGCCCCGAAUGCCACCUCCUGCUGCGGCCUGUCUCAGCUGCCCGCUCCCCUCCUGUAGGGCCCAGGGCACUUGCUGUUGAGCAGCGCUGCUCACCUCGCCUCGCCUCGCCUCUCCUCUCCUCUCCUCCAUGGGCUGAGCCCACAGCACCAUUGGGCCCUUCUGGGCUGGAGCCGUAAACGUCUUUUAAAGAACCCGCCAGGCUAAGGGCUGUUGCUCCGUCCCGCGCGCUCUGGCUGUCGGUCGAUGCCCAUGCUGCCCCCUUGCACCGCAGAGCCCCUGCUCGGUGCCCCAUGGUCAGCAGCGGGCUGUGGCCAGGACCCCCAUUCCAGGGCUGCCACCUCCUUGAGGGUGACAGCAGGGCGAGGGGCUGAUCCAGCCCCACCGCCUGGGGUGCGGAGUGGGCUGCCCUGGCCAGCCGCUGCCCGUGAGGCAGAGCCGGUGCCAGCCUGUGCCGGGCCGCCCGCACACGGGGAAAGGGAAGGGGGUGUCCUCACCUGCCGGCAGCGCUGCUGCAGCUCCUGCUUGAGCCGUGCCCUCUCCCCUGGGAUGUGCAAAGCAAUAACCCGCUCUCCGGAGAUUCGGGUCUGUCAGACCCAUUCUUGGUCGGUUUCUUGGUUUGUUUUGGGUUUUCUUUCUUUAGAAAGACUUAAACCAGCAAACUUGCUGCUGGCGUAGGGGGAAGCUGGGCUCUUGUGCUUGGGUUCAGCCCUGCUGGUUCUUCUACUUUGUGUCUGUUCAAAGCUGCUGCAUCCUGCCCUCCCCUGCUUGCGGCAGGUGGGAGGGGAGGCGACGGGCUGGCUGGGCUGGGGAAAUGCGGCUCCCCGGAGGUUACGUUAGGGCUGGCGGAUGUACUGACCUACUUGACUGUGAACUGGAACCUUAUGCGUAGCGUGGGCUGGCAUGGGCCCAGGACUCGUGGCCAUCCUCAGGCACAGUGUGGGUGGCCGCGCUGGCCUGGUUGCAGAGCAUUCCUGCUCGCUCCCUGCGUGAGCAGCACGUGCCUUGCCGGGGCGGCGGGGGCCGAGGCCGUGCUGAGGACCCGGGAGGGAGAACGGCUUCUCUCCAUUCCUCAAUACAGCUUUUUUGUUUUGUUUUGUUUUCUCCUCCUCUCGUCUUCCUUGUACAUGUUUGGGGUUUUUUUUUUUGUGUGUGUUCCACAGAGUCAGAUACAAGGUUAAAUAAAUCAUAAACCUCUCCCAGA